UUUGUAUUACCAGACAUAUACCCAAUAUUCGUCCGAUUGUCAUUAUAAAAUAUUAUUAUUAUGAUCUUUUUUACCUGAAUAUUUUUCAAUGAACCACCCAUCACAUUAAAUUGUAGCCUAUAUCAAUCGGGAAUUACUAUUUCAGUGAUAUAUUUUCAAACUCACCAACAAAUUUAUGGGCUAGGUCAAUAAGAUAUUGCAACGGUUCUUGCAGAUUUUGGUAUUUUGCAAAAAAAAACCGUUUUUUUUUAAGGUUUAUUGGUCGAAACAAGGUCAACCUUUAUCUUUGCAGAAUAGGCCUAAAGUGAUGGUAAAAUGAAGGAAACCUGGACCCUAAAGUGAUUUUAAUUUUUUGUUACUCUUCUUCUAACGUCCUAAAUGUUAUGGUGCCAAAAAAACGGGUAUUCCUUUUGUAUGUUUCUAGCACAUACUCAUGUAUACAGUGCUUGUCUGCUUACCCAGUAUAUCCAGUUCAGUUCAUCUUGCACCUUGCGCACAAUCGGACAUUUUAUUCGUCUUGUCGACAAGCAACAGUUAAAAUUUUUUAAGCUAAUAAAAAACUGAUUUCAUCAAAUUCUACAUAAGGACGCCCAUAAAAUAUGAAUUGUACGACAAGAAUGUAUUAUUAUAUUGCUUGCUGCUUUUGCUUGCCGUUGACUUGGACAGCGCCAUCAUCAUCAGUACUGCCUAGUCAAUACAGAUUGUUUUUAAUGAAUGGAACGCAGCUUGAAAAAAUUGAUAUAGGUCAGCACUGGAACGAGACUGAACUUAUUUCUGCCAUUGGCGAUCAACUUUAUCAAAACGAAGGACGAGAUCUCAGUGAAGCAAAAAUGACAACGGUUCAAAUCAUUGCCAGUCGAGGAUAUCCCGUUGAAGUUCACCAAGUGACUACCGAUGAUGGUUACAUUCUCGAAGUGCAUCGCAUUCCGCACGGUAAAAGUGAAGUCCCCAAUCCCGAUAUUAAAAAACCAGUCGUCUUUAUUCAACACGGAUUUCUCAACACUGACAGUGUGUGGCUCAUCACUCCCAACAGUCAAUCUCUCGCCUACAUCUUGGCCGACAGCGGCAGGUACGACGUGUGGCUUGGGAACGCCCGAGGCAAUACUUAUUCACGCAAGCAUGUCAGUCUCGACCCUGCAGAGGAAGCUUAUUGGAAUUUUUCAUUCGACGAAAUGGGCAACUACGACAUUCCUGCAGUGAUCAAUUACGUGCUGGCCAAGACGGGGCGCAGUACGAUGAGUUACGUUGGCCACUCAAUGGGAUGCGCAAUGUUUUUCGUUGGCAUGUCUUUGCGCCCCGAGUUGAACGCCAAGAUUGAUGUGAUGAUUGCUCUGGCACCUGCGGCAGCUGUUGCGCAGUCACAGACUAACAUUCGUUUUCAAGCCCCGUUCGUCAAUCAGUUUAUGUUUAUCUACCAGACUCUUAGAAUCAGAGCGUACGAACCUGUCGAUUCGCCAAGGCACAAUUUCCGCAAGGCUUUCUGCGGUCCCAAUCUUUUCCUGAGGAAUUCCAUUUGUCAAAACCCCACAGUUGCAAUUACUGGUGAUGACUACCGUGGUAUGGAUGUGAAUCUUUUACCUGUAUAUGAUGGCCACAAUCCGGCGGGAAGUUCAUUUAGAACAGCCGCUCACUUUGCUCAGAAUUUCAACGCCGGACAGACUUUCCAACGAUUUGAUUUCGGCUCAGCGGAAAACCAAAAGCGCUACGGGCAGUCUACCCCUCCUGCUUAUGAUUUGAGUAAAGUCACCUGCCCCGUCUACCUUUUCUGGGGUCAAAAUGAUAAAGUUGUUGCCCCAGGGGAUGUUGCUUGGUUGGCUUCCAAAUUGGGAAAUCUGAAGGCUUCUAAUAAAGUAGACGAUCCACUAUGGAACCACGUGAACCAUCUUUUUUCACCGGACGCUAAACGACUUGUUUACGAUCAAUUUAUUCCACUGCUUCCGUCGUCGUAGUCCUCCAUGUGUGGACUGUGGUUUUCUAAUUUAUUUUCGAAUAUCGAUAGACCACAUAAUAGCAGAAAAAUACGCUUCCAGUAUACGCAACGACUCAGGCACGUUGCAAUAAGCAUUCCUGUAUCACUCAGUGUCCGAUAAA